UGACAAAUCGGCUCCUGUGGAAUUGUGGGUAGAUCUCGGGCUCACAAAUGAAAGGAUUCCCAAACACUUCCUAGCUUAGUCUCUCCUGCUCCUCUGGCCGAGGGUGCAGGGAACCGUCCAGCACUAGGACCCGGCGGAAUCCCAGCCGUCAUGGCGCAGCUGUUCACCGCCCGGCUCCAGUUGCUGCUCCUGCAGGCGAUGGGCUUUCUCAUUGGCCUAAUAGGCCAAGCCGCUCGAGCCUUCGGCGGCCCCAAGUUCGGCUCGAUGACCACACCGCCUGUGACUGAACCAUUACUGCUGCUGUCGGGGGUGCAGCUGGCCAAGCUGAUCCGCCAGAGGAAGGUGAAAUGCAUAGAUGUCAUUCAGGCUUAUAUCAACAGAAUCGUGGAUGUGAACCCACUGAUCAAUGGAAUUGUCAAGUACAGGUUUGAGGCAGCUAAGAAGGAGGCUCAUGAUGUAGAUAAAAAGCUUGCAGAGAAGGUGGAAGAUGAUGCCACCCUGGAAAAGAAAUGGCCCUUCCUUGGGGUUCCUUUGACAGUCAAAGAAGCUUUCCAGCUAGAAGGAAUGCCUAAUUCUUCUGGCCUUGUGAAUCGUCGUAAUGCCAUUUCCAAAACAGAUGCCACUGUAGUGGCAUAUCUGAAGGAAGCUGGUGCCAUUCCUCUGGGCAUAACCAACUGUAGUGAGCUGUGCAUGUGGUAUGAAUCCAGUAACAAGGUCUAUGGCCGAUCCAACAACCCGUAUGAUUUACGGCAUAUUGUAGGUGGAAGUUCUGGUGGUGAGGGCUGUACCCUGGGAGCUGCCUGCUCAGUGAUUGGUGUGGGCUCUGAUAUUGGUGGCAGCAUUCGAAUGCCUGCAUUCUUCAAUGGCAUAUUUGGACACAAACCUUCCCCAGGUGUGGUCUCCAACGACGGUCAGUUCCCUGUGGCCAAGGGAGCCCAGGAGCUGUUUCAGUGCACUGGUCCCAUGUGCCGCUACGCUGAAGACCUGGCCCCCAUGCUGAGGGUCAUGGCAGGACCUGGAAUCAAAAAAUUAAAACUGGAUGAAAAGGUACAUUUAAAGGGCUUGAAAUUUUACUGGAUGGAACAUGAUGGUGGCUCAUUUUUAAUGUCCAAAGUGGACCGAGAACUCAUUCAGGCUCAGAAAAAGGUUGUGGAUCACCUGGAAAAUAUACUAGGAGCCUCAGUUCAACAUGUUAAACUAAAGCAAAUGAAGUAUUCUUUUCAGUUAUGGGUCACAAUGAUGUCAGCAAAGGGACCUGAUGGGACGGAACCUAUAAAAUUUGUGGAUCUGCUUAGUGACCAUGGGAAGCCUAUCAGCCCUCUGUGGGAAUUGAUGAAAUGGUGCCUGGGCCUAUCAGCGCACACCAUCCCUGCCAUUGGACUGGCCUUGUUGGAAGCAAAGAUCAAAUACAACCCUGAGAAAUACAAGAAGUUUAAGGCAAUGGAAGAAAGCCUGUAUAAAGAAUUGCUGGAGAUGCUGGGUGAUGAUGGUAUCUUCUUAUAUCCCUCGCAUCCCACAGUGGCUCCCAAGCAUCAUGUUCCUCUGACAAGACCUUUCAACUUCGCUUACACAGGUAUCUUCAGUGCCCUGGGUUUGCCUGUGACCCAGUGCCCAUUGGGUCUGAAUGCCAAAGGACUUCCUCUAGGAAUCCAGGUCGUGGCUGGACCCUUUAAUGAUCACCUGACCCUGGCUGUGGCCCAGUACUUGGAGAAAAGUUUUGGAGGCUGGGUCUGUCCUGGAAAGCUGUAGAAUGAUCUUCUCACCGUGUGUGAGUGUGUGUGUGUUUCUAUAGGUUGGGUGAGAUCAAGCACCGACAUGCAAGUUAAGAAGAAACAACUGCAGAAUAAUCACUUGUUCAGUUAUUCUUCCUACUGUUCUUUCUUUCACCAAGUGUUAACUUUCAUAAAAUGCUAAUAUUUGGUUCCUGCCCUCAGUUACCUGAGAAGAUGGGCAAGUAAGUGAAUAUGUGCAAUAAAGUAUUCUAUAUGCUGUGA